AUGAGCUACACCCAGUUUGCCUUCCCCUGUUUUUUUUUGGAAAGCAAUGCUGGAGAGGUGGCCAUCAAAAGGGUGCCACGGGAGCGCGUCCGGCACUGGGGCGAGCUGCCCGACGGCACCAGCGCACCCCUGGAGAUCGUGCUGCUGGCCAAGGUGUCCACUGGCUUCCCUGGUGUGGUCCAGCUGCUGGAGUGGCUUGAGCUCCCCAACGACGUCUUGAUGGUGCUGGAGCGCCCGGAGCGGUGUCAGGACCUGCAGCGUUUCAUUCGGGCACGGGGCUUCCUGCCCGAGGAGGUGGCGCGGGAGCUGUUCCGCCAGGUGCUGGAGGCCGUGCAGCACUGCACCAGCUGCGGGGUCCUGCACAGGGACAUCAAACCAGAGAACAUCCUGGUUGACCUGGCCACCGGGCAGGCCAAAUUGAUUGACUUUGGCUGUGGCACCUACCUGCAGGACACAGCCUACACUCACUUUGCAGGGGAGCCCACACAGGGAACACGGUCAUACAGCCCCCCGGAAUGGACCCACUUUGGCUGGUACUAUGGCAGGCCAGCUACCAUCUGGUCCCUAGGCAUCCUGCUGCACCAGAUGGUCUGUGGGGAGCACCCUUUCAGGAAGGGCCAGAACAUCAGCUGGGACCAUCAGCUCUCGCUGCCACAAGGGCUCUCUCAAGAUGAAGCCUUAUAG